AUAUCAACAUAAAAUUCAAUUACAGAUUCUGAUAGAAGACUAAAUUUUCACAUUUAAUGCCUAGUUUCCAUUUUAACCAGAGGUAUUGUUAGAAUGGAAAUUUGCUUCAAAAUGAAAGAAGAAUACUGAAACAAUAUUGUGCCAAAUAUUGUGUUUCACAUAAGCAGUUACCUGCUACAGAACUUAAACAAAGGAUUAAAAGUGUCAUUACACCUCCUUUCUACUCAUCCCUCUUCAGUCCUGUAGCAUAUAGAACACUGCAAGUGUUUUAAUUUCAAAUGGUUUGCAAGAAUCUUCAUGGAACACAUAACUGUAAAUUAUUCUGCAUGUCAGCACCAAGCAGGUUAUUACAGAGAAAAAUCUCAAAUGUUUGUCAAGGGCAGUUUUUUGUUUUCAAAGUCAUCAAACAGGAAAACAUGUACUGGUUGUUUUUUUUUUCUCACAGACCCGACACUAUGGGGACACAGGGUCUGUGAUGGAUGUACUUGCUGCUGUCCCCUGUGCAGGUGCCACUGGUAGGAAAGCUGAGUACAUACCCCGCAGACAGGCAGAAGUGCAGAGGACAUAGACAUGGCUGGUCACUGAGAGUGCCCUUGCAAGAUGCUGGUGCAACAGCACCCACAGAUAGGGCAGACUGCGGACAGACACCAACUCACCUCAGCAUCUGGCACUGAGACCUCACUGGCUCCAGCCACUGACACAUCAGGCCCAGGGAACACACACGCUGCCCUAACUCCAAAUUCACACACACCAAUCCCUCCAGUAGCUGGCCCUUCAUCCUUGCAGCACACACUCACACAGGACUGGGCGCAAGAUUACGCAGAGAGCUGGUUAAGAGAGGAUUUAAUAAAACAGGACAGCCUCCAGUGGCCAAGCAAGUGCUGUUUUACAUAAAUCUUUGCAGCCUUUUUUGUCCCUCCUUUGUUUCUCCCAAAUCCCCUUCCCCUGCACGUUCCUCCAUCUGUUUGCACUCCCACCAACCCCCUUAACAUCCUGGACCCUCAGGUUUACAUCCCCAAGAGCUGCAAUGUCCUGGUUUGCCUUUAGUUUCCUAGCAGCCCUGCAAUUAGUGUCAUUUGCAAGGUUUGUUUCUUGGUUUUGCCUGUGUUACAUUUGCCUGUCAUCUUUGUGUCUCUACACAUUUUGUUUAUGGCUUCCCUCUUCCCCUUAUCAUCCCAUUUGACAAGGCCUUCUACUAGACAAUCUGGUGGAAAUAAACGUUCCCACACUUCAAGCAAUCACUGUGACUGACUAGCUUUCGCUCUUGUUGCUGUCUCCCUAAUUACGUUAGUCAGGUUUGUGUCUCUAUAAGCCAUUGUUUAUGGCUUCCUCCAUUUCUUAUUAUCCCCUUCCACACUGAAAAGGUCCUCCACCAGAUGCCCUAAAGCAGAUAGAUGCUCUCUCCUUCCACAUACCUUUACACUAUAUCCAUUUGUCUGAGCAGUGCACUUACUCAUUUCUUGAGAUCCUUCACAGUUAAUCAUAUGCAAUAUUUGUUCAUUGGAGGCAUUUCUACUGAGCUUUUACUUCAAUAAAGAUUCACUUCAGAAGAACCUUGCUUCUCUAAGUAUCUGCACAUUUGGUUCUGUCAUCUAAAGUCUUCUUUAACAAGGUCAGAAAUGUCUUUCUAGUUCCUUAAUCUCUGAAAUGAUGACAUCUAGUGGUGGAUGUUCUCCAUUUAGGGUACACAAUCUUCUUGCAAGUUUAUGUGGAUUCCAAACUCACUUGUUAUUUAAAAUAUGAUAUUCUAUGGCUAAAUUAGUUCUUAGGUACUAAGGUUAUUUUGAAACUAAAUCAUCAGUCAGAGCUCUCUGGCUGACAGUUCUUUGAAAUACGUUCAGACAUCCAUCAGUAAUUUAAAGAAAGACCUUUUCAGCCAGAAGAAUGCUUGUCAAAAUGUGAAGCCUCAAGUACUUGCUGAAGAAAAUGAGGGAGAGAUGAAAGGAAGAGAUCAAGAUCAUCGCUUCAUGCUCCAAUGAGAAACAGCAUUGACGAGAGGCUGAGAUGGUGCUUGUCGAAAACAGAUUGGUCAUGAGUGAAUCAGAUGCUAAAUGGUCAGGAACUGAGUUUUGCUGUUGACACAUUACUGAAAUACAUUUGGAAAACUGAAUGAUACUUGUAGUAAGUUGGAGCAAUUGAUGAAGCCCUGCCUGCAAUGGCUGCAAUGAGGCGCUGAUGGCAAAAGGAUGAAACAAUGCAGGUGUAUGGGAAGGUCAUGGUUCAUUUAUUUGAACGUGCCUGGAGCAGUGGAGAAGAGGAGCUGUUCCCACAUGAAAAAGCUACAGACGCUUGAUUACAAAGAUGUGCUAUACUUGGGUGCCAGGUGGGGAGGAAGAAGACAUCCGGCCCCUGAGGCAGCUACGGAGCGAGUGGAGUCCUCUGGCAUGAUACGGCCGCGAAAAGGGCCCGCAUUGCAGCAUGCCCCGCACACCAGCAGGCCCCGCCGCCAGGCGAGGGCAGGGCUGGCCUCGCAGCGGCCAGCGGCGGCGCUGCGGGCCGGGUGGAGCUGUUCGGCCCCGGCGCAGGACCUCCCUGACAGGCGGGGACGCAAGCUCCUGCCCGGCAAAGGGAAGAGGGAAGGAGGAAGGGGACGAGAUAGAAGUUGCGGCCUUCACACGGCCCCAGUGAGCUGUCCACGGAUGAGCGAGGAGGAUGAGUGGAGGGCACGGAGCAGAGCUGGAGGCAGAAAGCUGGCUGUGACUGUGGCCUCUGUAGGGGAAACUGGCUGACCUCUGCAGCAAACGUUUAUUUGCCUGCAAAGAAAUUGGCCCUGUGUGAAGAAGGAGGUGCGUAAAUACCCAGAAUGAGUGCCACAUCAGCUACCAGUUGUCCCUUGCCACCACUGCUUGUGUCUGAACAAGAGGAGCAAGAGUGUUCUGAGACACAUAUGUCUGUCUUGUGGUAUGCAGGGCAGUUUGCAGUUGCUUACUACGAUACAGAAGAUUGCUCAGUUUACUUCAUGCCUGACACACCUGAUAGUGAAGGCCUUGAUCUACUGCAAAAAGUGACUGGGGAAGUUCAUCCUAAAUGCAUAGUGACAAGUGCAAAACAGGACCAGAAUAUUGCCAGUUUCCUGACCAACCUAGCAGACAGUGAUAGUGAUAAAGGAAAAACAGAAAUUGUCCUGUUUCCUAACACAGAUUUUGGGCUAGAAGUCAGCAAGCAACGAAUCCUAUCUAGACAAUUUCCAUUUAUCCCAUCCCAUAUGACUGCAACAGAAAAAAUUCUUUACUUGUCCUCAGUCAUCCCUUUUGAGAGCCCACUCAUGAUAAGAGCCUUAGGGGGACUCCUUAAGUACCUAGACAGGAGAAGGGUUGGAGUUGAACUAGAAGAAAGCAGUACUGUUGUUCCUGUUUUGGCCUUUAGAAAGUUCAUGCUGUCAGAAACUGUGAAUAUAGACCAAGACACUUACUGUGUCCUACAGAUAUUUAAAAGUGAUAUCCAUCCUUCUGUGUAUAAGCUUUCUAGUGGAUUAAAAGAAGGAUUCAGUUUAUAUGGGAUUUUAAACCGCUGUAGGUGCAAACGGGGAGAAAAACUUUUGAGGCUGUGGCUUACACGACCUACUCGGAACUUGACAGAGCUGAACAAACGGCUGGAUGUUAUCCACUUCUUCCUGUUGGCUCAGAACCAUGAAACAGUCCUUACCCUUCAAGACUGCCUCAGGAAUAUAAAAAAUGUGCCUCUUAUUCUAAAAAGAAUGACUCUAUCCCAUACAAAAGUUAGUGACUGGCAAGCACUCUAUAAGACAGUGUACAGUGCGUUGUGCCUUAGAGACACAUGUCGCUCUCUGCCCCAUAGUAUUGAACUCUUUCAGAUUAUUUCACGCGUCUUCACUGAUGAUCUGCAAUACAUUGCUAGUCUAAUCAGCAAAGUGGUGGACUUUGAAGGCAGCAUCUCACAAAACCGCUUCACUGUUAGACCCAAUGUGGAUCCCACCAUUGAUGAAAAGAAGCGAAGGCUAAUGGGUCUUUCAGACUUUCUUACAGAAGUGGCACAAAAAGAACUGGAAAUGUUGGACAACCACAUUCCUUCCUGUUGUGUGAUCUAUAUUCCUUUGAUUGGGUUCCUUCUCUCCAUUCCACGGCUGCCAAGUAUGGUGGAUAAAAGCGACUUUGAAAUUGAAGGCUUGGACUUCAUGUUCUUGUCAGAGGAUAAACUGCACUACAGAAGUGCUAGAACUAAGGAGCUAGACAGCCUGCUGGGUGACUUGCACUGUGAGAUAAGAGACCAGGAAACACUUAUUAUGCACCAGCUGCAGACAAAGAUCUUGGAGAAGUCUGAAGUACUUAACAGCGUGAUUGAGUAUACCGCACACCUAGAUGUGCUGUUGGCUUUGGCAGUGAUGGCCCGGGAGAACUCCUACUGCCGGCCACGCUUUACUCAGCGCCAUGGCUUCCACAUCAAGGAUGGAAGACAUCCACUGAUGGAACUAUGUGCAAAAACAUUUGUGGCUAAUCCUAUGAACAGUGGUGAGGCUACCAGACGAAUAAAGAUAAUCACAGGGCCCAACUCAUCUGGAAAGAGCGUCUACUUAAAGCAAGUAGGUCUUAUAAUAUUCAUGGCUCUAAUUGGCAGUUAUGUGCCUGCAGCAGAGGCAGAGAUUGGAGCAAUUGAUGGGAUUUACACAAGAAUCCACACUAGGGAAUCAGUUUCUGUAGGACUCUCCACAUUCAUGAUCGAUCUUAACCAGGUUGCCAAGGCAGUAAACAACGCUACAGAGAGGUCCUUGGUACUUAUUGAUGAGUUUGGUAAAGGGACCAACACACUAGAUGGUCUGGCCCUUCUGGCUGCUGUGCUGAAGCACUGGAUCAAUCAAGGAACCCAGUGUCCGCAGGUCUUUGUCUCCACUAAUUUUCACAGCUUAAUGCAGCUGGAACUCUUGCCUGACACGCCUCUUCUGGAAUACCUGACAAUGGAGACCCACCAAGAUGGAGAUGAGUUGGUGUUUUUCUAUCAGAUCAAACAAGGAGUAUCCACUGUUAGUCAUGCUGCCAACAUUGCUGCACUAGCUGGAAUGCCUGCCAAAAUUAUUGAAAGAGGAAUGGAGGUAUCAGAACUGAUUCGCAAUGGAAAAGCUAUCAAACGUAUUGAUCAUCCUUUGAAAGGAGACCAGAUGGAAAAAUGUAAGACUGUUGUUGAGAAGUUUCUUAGCCUAGACCUUGAUGAUCCCAAUGUGAACUUAGAAGAGUUUAUGCAUAAAGAGGUGCUGCCUUCUGCAGCCUCAAUUCUAUAGCAUGGCUAUGUCUGAAAGCAAGUAUUACAAGGUAUCUGCCAUGUUCAGUAGGGUGGUUCUGUAAUUUCAACAAUAAUGACUACGACUAAUGCCUCACACUACAUUUCACUUUUAAAAAUUGUCUACAGUGUAUGUCAUUUCUUAUUCUUGUUUAAAGUAAGUAUGGAAGUUAUAUAUCUCUGUAGUAUGGUGCAUGAUAUGAAAGCAGGAAGACAGAAAGAGGAGAAUUCAAGAACCUCUUCCAGCUGUUGGACCAUGCAUUUCAGCCCCUAUUGUUAGAUCCUCAGACUGAAAAAAUGCUGUAGAAAAAUCAAAAUAUUCCUGCUGGUCUCAUAAGACUAUAAAAGCAAAGUGUUUGUUGUUUUGUGUAGUGUCAAAGUGAUCGUUUCAGUCAUUUUAGGAUCAUCAUCAAAAGAUCACAAAUAAGUAUGUGUCUUGGACUCCCAGAUCAGCAAAUAACAGUUGUUACAAUACAAACUACUAAAGUAGACACUGAUUAAUGAAAAUAUAGAGGGAUUUAAUGAGCUCUGUGGCAUUUAAUAAAGCUGCAUUUCUGGCCAUAAUGGCAGAGAGAUUCCAAGAGUUGAUAUAAAAAGACUGGAAGUCAGAAUCAGUGGGGUCCGACUACAGGGGAAGCACUUCAGUUUUGUUGAGAAUCACUUUCUUCUUUUAAGGUCCUGCAGAGUAAGAGUAUGUAACUAUGCUCUGUGAGUAUAAAAACAAAAUUACAAGUCCAGGAAAUGGUAAACUAUACUAGGGAUAUAAGACAGAGACCAGCAUGUUAUAGUUUUUCAAGUACUGAGUAAAACUUAAAAGAUUAAUACCAGAGCAAAGGGAGCCCGUUUCACUUCUGUCAGUGCAAAGGAUCUUCGCUGAACAUAGCAUUUGAUGAUUAAGUAUGCAAAAAGUAUUCAUGAACAAGUGAACAAAGGGGAGGUGUGAUAUAUAACUACCACAGAAGCAAUAACCUUCCCUGCAAUAGCAUAAGUGCCUUAGAUUCGUUAUCUAAAUAAGACAGAAAAGACAUUAGAUAACUGACUGCCAAAACAUGCUGUAACUGCUAACAACAUUGCAAAUCAAAGAUAAUCAGCAGAUAUAUUGUAUCUCUCUUCAGCCCUACUUGAUUUCAAGAAGCCAAGAAUCCACCAUCACUAUUUCAAGAGAGAAAAAUUACAUGAGAAAAAAAUAUUUAUAAUUACUGGUACUAAACAUCUUAUCUGUUUGCUAUGUUUCAGUGAAGACAGCAAAAAGAUGAAUGUGAGUGUCCAUCAAAAAGAUCUGAAAUCAGAGACAAUUCAGUGCAGGCUCAGUGCAGAAUUUCCUCCUUUAUGAUGUCCAUUUAUGAUACUACAAAAUAAGUAACUUUUGUUAUCUCUAAUGAAACUAAGAUAGUGACAAAAGUUUAAUAUAAAUUACAUUAAAAAUACAAGAGUAAAGGACCAUAAUGAUACUGCCUGCAAAGUAACAUAUAAAAUCUUGGUGAUAUUACCACUGAAGUUGAAUGGUAGCAGUGAAAAGGCCAUAUACUAUACUUACAAGUGCUGUUUACAUAUUUUUCUCACAAAUAUAUUCUUUUACUAAUUAUACAUAGUGCAAUCUAAAUAUGUGCUGCACAGAGGAAUAUCAUAUGUUAAAUGUUCUUAAAUUGUAUUUUUGGAAUACUUUCUUGCCAACCUAUGCCUGGGCUAAGAAAAUACAGCUUUUUAGUUAAGCAGAUGCCAUCUGAGCAAUGUAGCUGUCAGUCAUCUACUAACAAAUCCAUUUAAUCGUAUUUGCAGUUCUGGCAGCAGUAUGUACUAAAAGAUCUCUGAAUAUUAUACAGCAUUUAUCAAGUAUGUCUCACAACAUUCCCUGAAAUAAGUAGCAGAUGAAUGAAAAACAGAGGGGUUGUGACUGACCUACAGCAAUGUAGCAGGGUAGUGAGGGAAGCAGGAAUAGAAAUGUUAUUUUUAAAUGUAAAACGCGGUUACUUCUUUCACUGUGUUUCAGUUGUUCUUUGUACAGAAGAUAAUAAUACUAACCCAAUAUUCUUAUCGUCCAAAUCAGCUGUGGAAACAACUAGGCAUGUGCAAGUAAAUUAUCUCCCUUUGUCUCAUUCCAAAGGACACCCAAAGGCACACUGUGCCUUCUUAUUCUGGGGAAGUUUUCCAAGGCACAUUUGAUUUCAGGAUUGUCAAACUGAAUGUAAAGAAUGAGUUGCUCCCACUUCUGAGCAGUUAAGAAAGUUCUUUAACCUGAGAAGCUGAGAUGGCCUCAGACAGCUCUUUCCUUAUCCACUUUAUCUGAAAUGUUAUCCUUUACUAAUUUCUAUUUCCAAGUUUUGUUGUUGUUGUUGUUGUUGUUUUUACAUUUAUAAUUUUAUCUUUUUUUAGCUUAAUGCUGUGACUUCAAAGAGGAAAGCUGUUUUCUUGAGAUUUUUAUUAACUUUGAAUUCUCAAACUCUUUUAAAUUGUAAAUACCCGUGACAACUUUGGAAAGUUAAAGUCUUCUCAGAAGAUAUGUAUCUUACAAAAUGUAAAAAGAUUUUUUAAAUUAUUUUUUCCAAAAGGAAAUGUUGGUGGAAUGUAGAUGUCAUUAUAAGGAGAAUGGUUUGAAGUAUUGAUUCAAAUUAGGAAUUUCACAUUUAAAAAAAUAUUAAUGUAUUUUUGAAGCUGUAGCUGUGAACUAAAGUCAACUACUCUGUUCUGUUUGCUCUUUUAUAUGGUUUCUCAUGCCAUCUUCAUCCACUCUCCAUUUCUUGUUUUUCAUGCUGUUAUAUAAUCUGAAAAUGCAAUCCAACAUUAUGUUAAAAUGUACUACAAAAUAAAUAGAAUUUCUGUGUUUCACAUUGUUACUUAUUGUUGUCAGGAAAUGCAGGAAACUAUCUUACUAAAUGUAUGGACACAAUUAAACUAAAAAUGAUAGAGAAGACUGAUGCUUAUGCCAGACAGUGGGUUGACAGACAAAAAUUCCUGAUAAUUUACAGAUUUUUAAUACAUAAUAGCUUUCUAAACAGUGCAUCUUUAGAAUACUAUAUGUAUUAUCCAGUAUUAUGGAGGACUAAGGAAGAUGAUUUGAAAUGACACUGACCUGGUUCUGUCAGUAGCUGUGAAUAUCAGAACACAGAAAAUAUGUAU